CGCCCCCAACUCAGCGUUCGGGGGACUUGUUCCCUAGGUCCAGGAUCUUCCUAAUGCAUCGCCCCAGCCAUGAACAACGCGGAGUUCUGUAAUACCCCUGAGCAGCAGCCCAGGACCCUUGAAGAGUGCAAACUCCCACCUGGCCUGGGCGUCUGGCUCCGCAGCAGAACACGAAGUUUUCAUUCCCCAAGGGGCGGCCAGGGGGCGAACUAGGGAAAGGUAGUCCUCUGCAUUCUGCCGUGUGCUGGAAUGGUGCAGAGUGACGAUGGCGUGGCGGUAAGGGGUUGAGGGCUCACGCGAACGCCUAAGUGACCAGAACGACUGGUGUGAAACCGUGAUCUGACUCUCUGGAGCCUGGGACUGGUUUCAGCGAGAGCCUCUGUACUGCUCUGUAGUCUCCGCUAGGACAUGGACGAAAAGGGACGCAGCCGGGAGAGCGACUGCCCCAGGUGGGGGCUGGGGGGACGUAAGGGAAGAAUAAUGAUUAUCUGGCUAUGUUUUUGUUUAAAAAAAAAAAAAACUGGUGUAAAUCUCCAUAGACUUCCUAUCCUCGCUCCCUUCACCCACCCACGCGCUCCCAAGAUGCAAUAAGCAAAUAAAAAGACUAAUAACGCUGUACCGCAGGUCGACUCAGGAGGUGGAGAUGCGUCUUGGUGGGAGGUGGUGGGUGGGAGUAGGGGGGUUUAGGGAAUGGAUCUGAACAUUGACCGGCCCAGAGACUCUAAGCAGCCUCAAAAGCAAAGGGAAAGUGGGGGAACAAGCACACAUUACCAACAGAGCUGCCAGAAAUGAGCAGUUAAGUCAUACCCCCUACCCCCUCCAAAAGAGCUUCAGCUCCUUAGUCCUGGAGGAAGAAGGUAUGUAUGCACACCGCCCAAACUCUCUCUCCCUUUCCCUCCAAGGCCCAGCUCCCCCUGAAUUACAGACCUGGGCCUCCCUCUUUACUGCUAGGUUGGCAGGUUCACCAUACCCUGGGAACUUUUCAGACCAUCGCAGUUCUGAACUCUGCACAAUUCUCUCUCACACACAAGUAUUUAUCUCUUCUAAAGAGGAGGAAACUGGGGCCAAGGAUUUGGGAGAAGACCCUGGCAACUUGCAGGGAGCUAAGAGGGGGAGACGACCUGCCUCUGGAGGCACCUGGGUUAUUAACUCCACUGAGAACCUGUUCACUUCCUCCCACAAUACAAUCACUAAGUGAGUCUUGGAGGGGGAGACUCCAGAGAGUUCUCUCUCCCUCCUUCCUUUCCUUAGUCCCACCCGCCUCGCCUGGUCUAGCCUCCGUGUUUCCAUGACAACUCCAAAGGAGCCCAAACUGGGGGCUUGAAUGCCGGGGUGAGAGGAGGAGAGAGGUGGUCCGAGAGCAGAGAGAGACCGAGUGGGAAACGUCUGAAGCGCUCCCCCUCCCUCGCCUCGGUCCCUUUAAGCUCCCCCCCUCCCCGCUCUCCCUCCGCCCGCCCCCCCCCCCGCCCCCCCGCCGCUGCCUUCAUCUCUCCAUCUCUGCGCUGCUGCCGGCUGCGCCAUCCAGCACCCAGACUCCAGCACCGGCCAAGGACCCCUACUCCGGCUGCAGAGACCCUGUCCCAGCGAGACCGCAGGCAUGUCAUCCGAAAAGUCAGGAGACUCGCUUCGAGGGCCCACUUCCCCCGCCUCCGCCCGCUGCCGCCGCCCCGCCCCCGCCAGCGCCAGCCCAGACUGCUCAGGCCCCCGGCUUCGUGGUGCCCACGCACGCGGGGACUGUGGGCACGCUGCCGCUGGGGGGCUACGUAGCGCCCGGAUACCCCCUGCAGCUGCAGCCCUGCACUGCUUACGUGCCGGUCUACCCGGUGGGCACGCCAUAUGCAGGCGGGACCCCGGGGGGGACAGGAGUGACCUCCACUCUCCCCCCGCCGCCCCAGGGCCCAGGGCUGGCCCUACUGGAGCCGAGGCGCCCGCCACACGACUACAUGCCCAUCGCGGUGCUGACCACCAUCUGUUGCUUCUGGCCUACUGGCAUCAUUGCUAUCUUCAAGGCCGUGCAGGUGCGCACGGCCUUGGCCCGCGGAGACAUGGUGUCGGCCGAGAUCGCUUCACGCGAGGCCCGGAACUUCUCCUUCAUCUCCCUGGCCGUGGGCAUCGCGGCCAUGGUGCUCUGUACCAUCCUCACUGUAGUCAUCAUCAUCGCCGCGCAGCACCACGAGAACUACUGGGAUCCCUAAAAACACCCCCGGUCCGGCCCCACUCUGCGCCCCUCGAUCUCCCAGGCUCUUUCUGCAGUCAUACCGCGGACCCAAUGGGCGCCCUGCACACCCGUUUCUGGGGCCGUCAGACUUGGCUACAUCGUAAACUCCGCCUCCACGGAACGUCUCGCCUUGCGAGCAAGCUCCGAAUCCAGUUCCUCAGGAACCCCUCCAAAACCCACACCCCCAGGGACGCCGCUUUCCGGGAUCCCAGCCAAACGCGGGACCCUCAGUCGCUCCAGGCCCCCUCACCCUCAAAGUGUAGCGCCCCCAACCGAGCAACCUCGGUUUGGUCCCUAAAACCCCGCCUCCUCUAUAAGCUCCGCCCCAGCUCUGACAAAACCCCGCCUCCAGGUCGGCAGGCUCCGCCUUCUUUUCUUCUCCGCGGGGUGAUUCAGUCCAGUGAUUGGGUUUGUGGCUCCAGGCUUCACCCACAGACGGACAGACCCCUCCCUUUCUUCCGGCAAAAGGACAGAGCCCUAGGGUAGUAAGGCCCCCACACUCCUGUUUUUUGCAAGUACAUUUUUGUCCCUCCUCCACCCAGGUCUCUGCCUAUUUUCUUGCUAAUCCCAGAACCUUUCCUUUUGUUUUUUUAAGGACAUUUGGGAAGUUCCUGGUGUAGGACCCUUCUCCCUGGGAUAAGAAACCUGCCUGUAAACGCUCUGUAAAUACUCCCUUCCACCCACCCCAGCCCCUGGGCAGCCGGGCAGAAGGGAAUCCAGGCUAUGGACCUCCCAAGUCCCCGCUCCCCGCUCCCCUCGGCGGCCCCGCCUUGUUCUGAUCUGUGUGUGAGUGUGUGUGAACUUCUGAAAGACAAUAUUAAAGAGACUUAGUUGA